CAAAUUCUGGUCUUACUGUAUCACCAGUCUUUAAUGACUGGGCAAAACUACCUUCGUUCAACAGCAACAGCAUGUGCCCAGGAUAACAUCCAAGCCCUCAUAAAUUUGAAACUGUGAUUGUUAUCGACCCGGGUGAGACACAUUCCCCCAAUCUUCUGAGCUAAUAGAAAUUUACAGGAAAGACAAACCUGGUUAAGCUAACACACUCAGGUGCCAUGGAUUUGAUAGAUGAAUUACGGCAGAACAAUAUUCAUAUCAGAGAUGAAAUAAAAGUGACAGAGAUGCUGAAGGAGUUGAUGGAAGGAGGGCCUGAUAGAUUACAGGUUAUUGCAGACUUCGAUAUGACUCUGUCCAAAUUUAUCCACAAAGGAGUUCGCUGUGAUACGUGUCAUAACAUCCUGGAUGAAAGUCCAUUAUUACCAGAGUUUUUUAGGGAAAAGGCUGUAAAAUACAGAAAGAAGUAUUUUGCCAUAGAAACAGAUCCAAAUAUGACAGUGGAAGAAAAAUAUCCAUAUAUGGUGGAAUGGUGGACUUUGGGCCAUGAGUUGUUGAUACAGAGCAAUGUUACCAAACACAAGCUAGAAGAAAUGGUCCGAGAUUCCAAAGCCAAAUUGAGGGAAGGCUGUGACUGGUUUUUUGAACAGCUCCACAAACAAGAAGUGCCGCUGUUGAUAUUUUCUGCAGGACUUGGGGAUCUGAUCGAGGAAAUUAUCCGACAGCAGGCCCAUUUGUACAGCAAUAUGAAAAUCGUGUCAAAUUACAUGGAGUUCGAUGAAGAGGGCGUACUGAUUGGCUGGAAAGGAGACCUCAUCCACACAUUUAAUAAGAACGAGUCAGCCAUCCACAAAUCAGAUUACUUCAGUCGUCUGCGUCACCGCGAGAAUGUCAUACUCUUGGGGGAUUCGAUUGGCGACCUGCGAAUGGCUGAGGGCGCCACUGAUGCCAAGCACAUUCUCAAAAUAGGCUUCCUAAAUCACAAGGUGGAGGAAUCACUUCAGCUGUACAAGUCCAAGUUUGACAUUGUCAUUGUCCAGGAUGAAUCCUUGGAUAUCCCUAAUGCAAUUUACAGAAAAAUUCAAAACAAGAGAGUGUGAUCAGUGAUUAGCCUAUAGUUGUUAAAUAAGCGAAACACUGCUAAAGGAAAAAGUAGUUAUAAACACUGCCACUGGAAACUGUAUUGGAAACUACCUUCAUGAAUAUUUUUUUUUUUAAAUUUUCUUGAACAGAAUUAAAAGCAUUUUGAUGCUUUUAAUUCAAAGGCUAAGACUCGAUCUUCAUGCCAUGGUUUUUUGUAUCAUGGACAAUAUUUACAGUAUAUUGUUGGUCAUCAUAUCAGAUGGAUAAAUCUAAAUUCUGAAUAUAUUUGUUAGGCUGUAUACAAUUGCAAGUCGGUCUGUAAAAUGUAUACUUAUAUAUAUAUACAUCAGUUUAUUUCUUUGAUUAGUGUUUUACGCCGUACUCAAGAAUAUUUCACUUUUUUUAACGGCAGCCAGUGUUUGGUGGGAGGAAACCGGGCAGAGUCUGUGGAAAAACCUACAACCAUCUGCAGGUUGCUGGAAGGCCUUCCCACGUAUGGCCUGAGAGAAAGCCAGCAUAAGCUGCACUAGACACCCAAUGAUCGCAUUGGUGGGUGGGUCACUGUCCCAUGCUUGUGUUCUAACCCCCUCAGCCAAACAUAUCCCAUGAAUUCCUACUGAUGAUAGGAAUUGCAGAUUAACAGUUAACUUCAUACAGAGCUAGUUUUAUUGACAGUUAAACUGUGAAGGUACACUAGAUACAGUUUCAGUCAGCUCAUGGUAAUGACACCUUUUCCUUUAUGUUUCACUGCUUUUGUUCUGUGUUGUAUGUACAUUUUUAGGUGUUUAUUCUUUAUGGAAUGAGUAUAAAACAGAGACUGUACAAAAUACAGAUAGAAAUGCUGCCUAAAUCAUAAAAUGGAUGGAGAGUUUUUAAAGUGCCCAUAACUUUAAAUACAUCAUAUCUA